AUGAAGAAUCAAAUUCACCAGAAAUGGAUGAGUUUCGUCAAUAAAUAUAACUCAGUUCCACACACAUCUACACUUAUAAAGGAUGGCAAGCUUACUCCAGAGGAAUUCGUUGCUGCAGGCGAUUGUUUAAUUGCAAAUUGCCCAGUAUGGAGCUGGUGUUCUGCUCCAGAAGGUCAUGAAGUUGAUUAUCUUCCAAAAGAUAAGCAAUAUUUAAUUAACAGAAGAGUUGUUUGCCAAAAGCGUGCAACUGAUUUAUCGAAAAUGAUGCAAGAAGAAGUUGACAUUGGCGAUGGUUGGUGUCAGGCUGGUGAAGCUGCAGCUCAAGCGGCUCUCGAAAUUAAUGAUGACGAAGAAGCAGUUGAUCUCGAUGAAAUUGAUAUUGAUGAGAUAGAGCCAGAAGUUCAAGAAGUCGAUGUAAUUGACUACAGAACAUACGAUAUUUCAAUUUGCUACGAUAAAUUCUAUAAUGUUGCCCAUAUUUUCUUAUAUGGUGUCAACAACGAAGGUGUCCCACUUACAUUAGAACAAAUGUAUCAGGAUAUCAGCGCUGACUAUGCUGAUAAAACUGUUACCUAUGAAAAUCAUCCAUUUACAGCAACAAAGAACCUUUCUAUUCAUCCAUGCCAACAUGGUCACGUCAUGGUUCGUCUUGUUGAGCGUCUUGAUCACCCAGAGAAGUUCUGCGCACCAAUGUACUAUUUCAUCUUCUUGAAGUUUAUUCACACUGUUAUCCCUACAAUUGAUAUUAGUACACCAACCCUUGAUUUCGAGGCUUAA